CCUCCCCCUGCGCCCCCCAUAAAUCCCCCUGGCCCCCCUGGAUUGUCCGGAGGGGACUCAGGAUGGCGAGGCCGGGACUCUCUUGGUGCUUCCUCCUCCUCCUCCUCCUCCUCCUCCUGCUGCUCGGGCCCUGCCGCGCCCCCCCCGCCGCGCCCCCCGCCGCCCCCUGCGGGCUCCGCAGCGUCUCGGUUGGGGUGGGGGCGCUGGGGCUGGGGUACCCCUCCCCCGAGACCGUCGUGUUCCGCUACUGCGGGGGGGGCUGCCCCGCGCCCCCCACCCUGCACGGGCUGGCGCUGGGGGCCGUGCUGGGCCCGGGGGGGCCCGCGGGGGGGCCCUGCUGCCGCCCCACCCGCUACGAGGACGUGGUGUUCCUGGACUCGGGGCUGCGCUGGCAGCGGCUGCCGCAGCUCUCGGCGGGGGCCUGCGCCUGCCUGGGGUGAGACCCCCCCCCAAAAAAAAAACCUCAAUCCCCUCCUGGCCGGUCAGAAGUGCUUCCCUUCAAAACUACCCCCCCCCGCCCCCAAAACUCCUCCCCAUGUGUCGGGGGGAGGUUUGGGGGUCCCUCCAAGCACCCCCAAAAGCACCCCCUGGCUGUCAGCUCGGGGGGGUUUGGGAGCUCCCCAAAGGCUCCCCCAAAACAGCCCCCCAAGAGCCGAGUGCAGGGGCAUCGCUGUUUAUUGGGGGAGCUCAUUUCGGGGCUGGGGGCUCGCGGGGGUCCUCAAUAAACGCUGGGAGGUCGCUGA